AUGUCAGGGUCUACUUUGUCGACCAUCUUCCCCAACAUUUGCACGCGAGCAGGUGGUCGACGCUUUCUCUCCACCGCGGUCCAGCCUGCGAGACCACCAGAGCCACCCCAUCGGAGGGUGCAACUUGCUAGCUGUUCGUUCGGACGAGCACAGGGUCAAGCAUCCGCAGUGUGGGCUGCUCGUGCCAUUGCUAGCGCCAUCAGUGCGGCCACACCAGCACGGGGCGCUAACCCGAUCGCGUCGUCUUCGGCCAGCGGCGGCAUUCGACUGCGAUCUCCAUUCCGGUGUUCCUCGCUCAGUACAGCAUCAUCCCGUCGCUCACUUGGGCUCGCCGCCAUGUCGGACGUGCUUGUCUACUCUGGACCGGGAGUCUCGACCUCGGCCCUGCACCACACGCUCAAGACGCUACGCACGCUGCUCACCACGUACGAUGUCAAGACGGCGGAUGCCAAGACGCUGGCUCUCGAUCCGUGGCAGAAGGGUGCAGCGCUCGUGGUCAUUCCUGGCGGUCGAGAUCUGCCGUACGUCUCCGAGCUCGCCCGGCCGUACUCUCGCGAUACAAAUGCCUCCUCAUCGUCUGGCAGCAGGACAGCGUCCGCGCAAGUGCGCGCCUACGUCGAGUCGGGCGGCAGCUUCCUUGGGAUCUGUGCAGGCGCAUACUACGCUUCCGCGCACUGCACCUUUGAGCGCGGCACGAGCAUGGAGGUGGACGGCGAGCGACCGUUUCUUCGGUUCUUCCCUGGGACCUGUCAGGGGACGGUAUAUCCCGGAUUCGUGUACGAGUCCGACAAAGGAGCACGAAUUGUGGACAUCGAGCGUACGAGAGAGAGCGACCAAUGGAGGUGCCACUACAACGGGGGCGGAGCGUUCAUGGACGCCGAUCGGUUUGCGGGGGACGGCGUCGAGGUGCUCGCUCGCUACGCGCAGGUGCAGCCGGACGAGCUGCGUCUGGACAUCGACUUGAACAGCGGAGAGGCGAAGCAGAGACGGCCGGACUACGGUGGGGAGGCUGCGGUGGUGCUUUCGUCAGUUGGGCUUGGCAAGGCGUUGCUGUUCGGAACGCACCCGGAGUUCCCACUGUUGCCCACAUCAACGCCCGUACUCUUGGCGGAGAACGGUCAGACACAGGCGCAGGAUGACAAGGAUCGCGACGAGCACGAUAGACAGCUCCGCGUGCACGAACAGCGUCGGCUGCAGUGGAUGCACGAACUGUUCUCGCAGCGAUUGGGGCUGCGUUCGGAGCUGCCUCAGUGGGCUGCUCCAACGAAGCUGUCUGAAGCAGCUCGUGCGGCGGGAGCAGCGAGUACAGCUGUCGAGACGGAAGAGCCUAAGCUGCAGCCCAUUCUUCUUGCAUCGAUCGGCGAAGGGUCGGAUCAGGUCACUAACGAUAUCGUGCAGAAGCUCGCUGCGGAAGCGUCCAGCUCAGCAUCGCAUAUCGAAGGGUUCGGGUCGAGCUCUGCCUUGAAAGGCGCCAUCGUGGCCAGCGUCAAGGACUCGAACGACACGAUGCACUUUGCUUCCGCAGACGCAAACGCCAUUCGGGAGGCUCAGGGGUUGUGCUCUUCCGCCGACUACGCUGCUUUCUCCAAGCCCAUCGUUCCCGCGCCUGCCGCCGAUGGAAGCGCUGAGGACUCGAACUCAGACAAGGAAGUCGACUUGGACUCGGUGCCCAAGUACGUGCUCGUCUGCAAGCAAGAUCGACCCUCCUCUGACGUCCUUCCCUACUGGAACAUCGCCGAGUACGAAAAGCAUCUAUUGCACUUCCGACAGAUCAACUCUCAAAGAGAGAGCGACAAGGAACCCGGUCAUUGGUCAACAUGGCGUGCGCCGUAUGACCCGUUCAACCCUUUCGGUUCCUCCGCCAGCACGACACCCACCGAUCUCCGAUUCGGCACGCCCAUGCUAUACACGCAGAUGGUGACGUCCACCCAAACCAUGCUGGACAAGAACUUCCGUCUACUUUCCGCCCUGCCUGUCGGAACAACCUUCUUUGCGACGCAGCAGAUGUCCGGUCGAGGGCGGGGUGGCAACCGGUGGAUCUCGCCUAAGGGCUGUUUGCAGUUCUCCACCGUCUUCCGUGUUCCCGUCUCGAUGGCUUCCAAAACCGUCUUCCUUCAAUACCUUUCUGCGCUUGCUGUCGUCGAGGGCAUUCGUAUUGCUUUAGGCGACAGUGCAGCGGGUCGUGCAGUGGCGGACAAAGUACGCAUCAAGUGGCCGAACGACAUUUACGCCGAGAUCCCUCCCGCGUCGGACGGACGGGCGAAGACGGCGACCUUCGAACUCAACGGCAAACGAUAUGCCAAGCUGGGCGGUAUCUUGGUCAACUCGCAAUUCAGCGGCGGGAGCGAGUUCGUGCUGAUCUCUGGGUGUGGUGUCAACUGUCUCAACCCUCGUCCGACGACGUCGGUCUCGGACCUCAUUGCGAUUCACAACGACACCAACGAGGGGGAGAAGCUGGAUGAGAUUACGCAGGAAAAGCUGGCAGGUGCGAUAUUGUCCACGUUCGACUCGAUCUGGCGCACCUUCAUGCAGAAUGGAGGCAACUUUGCGCCGUUUGUGCCGAGGUAUAGACAGGCUUGGCUGCACAGCGAUCAGGAAACGACGCUGACCGAGGAUGCGCUCAGGAGCGGUGAAGGAGGCGGAGAGGAGAGUGUUAGAAUCGUAGGUAUCUCAUCCGACUUCGGUCUGUUGCAGGCCGUCCCUAGGACGAGCAACGUGCAUGCGAAGGAUGGAAGGGCUUGGGGAGACACAAAGGAUGCAAACGCGAGUGGGAUCAUCCAGCUCCAGCCGGAUGGGAACUCGUUUGAUAUGCUGCAGAAUUUGGUCAAGCGCAAGGUGUAG